UGGGACGUCCUGGGGAAAGCCGAGCCGCCGGUGAUGGCGCCGUCGCGUUUCGGGAUCCUCUCGUGACGCCUCCGUCGCCCGGGAGGAUGUGGACUCUUGCGGGCCGGGGCUGGUGGCGCGGACGCGCGCUCGCGGCGUCGGCCACAGGGGCCGCGCAUCGGGGCCUCCCCGGACCUCACCUCAUGCCGAGCGGUGGGUCCGCUGCCGAGUGCAGGGCCCCGGACAGGCUCUGCAGCUCUGCAGACCGCAAGGAAAAAAUUGACAUGUCUGGAUUCCCUGUUGAAAAUAUUAGAAAUUUCAGUAUCAUUGCACAUGUGGAUCAUGGCAAAAGUACUUUAGCUGACAGGCUCCUGGAACUAACAGGGACAAUUGAUAAAACAAAGAAUAAUAGGCAAGUUCUUGAUAAAUUGCAAGUGGAACGAGAAAGAGGAAUCACUGUUAAAGCACAGACAGCAUCUCUCUUCUAUAAUUAUGAAGGAAAGCAGUACCUUUUAAAUCUCAUUGAUACACCAGGCCAUGUUGAUUUCAGUUAUGAAGUCUCCAGGUCACUCUCUGCUUGCCAGGGUGUUUUACUUGUGGUUGAUGCAAAUGAGGGUAUUCAAGCCCAAACUGUAGCAAACUUCUUUCUUGCCUUUGAAGCACAGCUAUCAGUAAUUCCAGUUAUAAACAAGAUAGAUCUGAAGAAUGCUGAUCCUGAAAGGGUUGAAAAACAAAUUGAAAAGGUGUUUGAUAUUCCAAGUGAUGAAUGUAUUAAGAUUUCUGCAAAACUUGGAAUAAAUGUUGAAAGUGUUCUUCAGGCAGUCAUCGAAAGAAUACCCCCUCCUAAAGUGCAUCGAAAAAAUCCCUUGAGAGCUUUGGUAUUUGACUCCACCUUUGACCAGUAUAGGGGUGUGAUAGCCAAUGUAGCACUGUUUGAUGGAGUGGUUUCCCAAGGAGAUAAAAUUGCAUCUGCACAUACUCACAAAACAUAUGAAGUUAAUGAAAUAGGAAUUCUGAAUCCUAAUGAGCAGCAAACUCAUAAACUAUAUGCAGGACAGGUGGGCUAUCUGAUUGCUGGGAUGAAAGAUGUCACUGAAGCACAAAUAGGAGAUACAUUAUAUUUACAUAAACAACCAGUGGAGCCCUUGCCUGGGUUUAAAUCAGCGAAACCAAUGGUAUUUGCAGGAAUGUACCCUGUAGACCAAUCUGAAUAUAAUAACCUGAAGAGUGCUCUAGAAAAACUGACUUUAAAUGAUUCCAGUGUGACGGUUCAUCGGGAUAGUAGCCUUGCCCUGGGUGCUGGCUGGAGGUUGGGAUUUCUUGGACUUCUGCAUAUGGACGUUUUCAACCAGCGACUAGAGCAGGAAUAUAAUGCUUCUGUUAUUUUGACAACCCCUACUGUUCCGUAUAAAGCUGUUCUUUCAUCAGCAAAAUUGAUAAAGGAAUACAGAGAAAAGGAAAUUACAAUCAUCAAUCCUGCACAAUUCCCUGAUAAAUCAAAAGUAAAAGAAUAUUUGGAGCCAGUUGUUUUGGGCACCAUUAUCACACCAGAUGAAUAUACUGGAAAAAUAAUGAUGCUUUGCCAGGCUCGAAGAGCAGUUGAGACGGAUAUGAUGUUUAUUGAUCAAAAUAGAGUUAUGCUUAAAUAUCUCUUCCCUUUGAAUGAAAUUGUGGUGGAUUUUUAUGAUUCUUUGAAAUCCUUGUCUUCUGGAUAUGCUAGUUUUGAUUAUGAAGAUGCAGGCUACCAGACUGCAGAACUUGUAAAAAUGGAUAUUCUACUGAAUGGAAAUAUUGUAGAAGAGCUAGUAACUGUUGUACACAAAGACAAAGCACACUCUGUUGGCAAAGCCAUAUGUGAACGUCUGAAGGAUUCUCUUCCUAGGCAGCUGUUUGAAAUAGCAAUUCAAGCUGCUAUUGGAAGUAAAAUCAUUGCAAGAGAAACUGUGAAAGCUUAUAGGAAAAAUGUUUUGGCAAAAUGUUAUGGUGGUGAUAUUACCCGAAAAAUGAAACUUUUGAAGAGACAAGCAGAAGGAAAGAAAAAACUCAGGAAAGUUGGCAACGUUGAAGUUCCAAAAGAUGCUUUUAUAAAAGUUCUGAAAACACAAUCUAAUAAAUAAUUGGUGGGCAAAUAUAAGGAAUUUUCAUAAAUUAAAAA